CCAGACGAGGAGGCUCCGCGCCGCCCGCCCGCUGUCCCCCUCCGGCCCGGCCAUGGCCUCCUUGCUCUGCUGCGGGCCCAAGCUGGCCGCCUGCGGCAUCGUGCUCAGCGCCUGGGGCGUCAUCAUGCUGAUUCUCCUGGGGAUUUUCUUCAACGUUCACUCGGCUAUUCUCAUCGAAGACGUUCCCUUCACAGAGGAAGAUUUCAAGGACGGCCCAGAGAAGAUUCACCGUCUCUACGAGCAAGUCAGCUACAACUGCUUCAUCGCGGCCGGGCUGUACGUGCUGCUCGGGGGCUUCUCCUUCUGCCAGGUCCGGCUGAACAAGCGCAAAGAGUACAUGGUGCGCUAGGACCCCGCCGGGGACAGCCGCCCCCCCUGGACCCGCCAUGCCCCUCUAUUUAUUACAGCCCCUCCCUGGCGCCCCCUU